GUGAUGACGUCAUGACCCGGAAGUGUGGCUGUGACAGUCCUGUAGAUCGCUAGGUGUUGGUACCUGGUGGAAGGGGCAGCUGGGGGCCACCGUAUACUGUACUCCCUGCAGGAGAAGGGAAAGGAGGCCUUAGCCUGGCAGGAAUUUAGCCAUUUGUUAAGGAAAUAAUCAACGAAAAUGACCCAUUGGUUUCAUCGAAAUCCCCUUAAAGCCACAGCUCCUGUCUCUUUCAAUUUCUAUGGUGUGGCAUCCACCCCUGCAGCUUCAAAAUUAUGCGGUGAUUUAAGAGCAUCAAGAGCACGUCUGCUGGAAGUCUUCACAGACGGCACCAGUAAUCAUGAGAUGAUGAAAAAUGCUUCCGAGGCCUAUUUCUCUUUACUACUAGGCUUCAUUAAUGCAUUGGAUGGAGGCACGCAGGACAACAAGCUGCGCUAUAUCCAGAACUUCAAGUGGACGGAUACCUUGCAGGGCAAUGUCCCCAGUGCUCAGCAAGAUGCUGUGUUUGAGCUGGCUUCGAUGGGAUUCAAUGUAGCCCUCUGGUAUACAAAGUAUUCCUCAAGGCUGGCUGGAAAAGAAGACGUUACAGAAGAAGAGGCAAAAGAAGUUCAUCGGAGUCUGAAAAUGGCAGCCGGUAUUUUCAAACAUGUGAAGGAAAACCAUAUUCCAAAACUGAUCACUCCAGUGGAAAAAGGCAGAGACUUGGAAAGUAGAGUUAUAGAUGCCUAUAUUGUCCAGUGCCAAGCUGAAGCACAGGAAGUGACUAUAGCUCGAGCAAUUGAACUGAAGCACAACCCUAGUCUAAUUGCUGCCUUGGCCUAUGAAACUGCAAAUUUCUACCAGAAAGUCGACCACACACUCUCCAGCCUAGAUCCAGUUUACAUUGCAAAAUGGAGAAGCUACACCAAGCUGAAAAUGUGUUUCUAUAUGGCCUAUGCGUACUGCUACCAUGGUCAGACGCUGCUGUCCAGCGACAAAUGUGGGGAAGCUAUAAGAUCAUUGCAAGAAGCCGAAAAAUUCUAUGGCAAGUCAGAGAUGCUGUGUAAAGAAUAUGGUCAAACAAAGGGCCCCGGAACAACCGCAAAACCUUCAGGACAUCUCUUUUUUAGAAAGCUUGGGAGUCUAGUUAAAAACACACUGGAAAAAUGCCAACGAGAGAACGGCUUUAUUUAUCACCAGAAGGUGCCACCAGAGGCCCCUCAGUUGGAGUUAAAAGCCAACUAUGGUCUGGUUGAGCCAGUGCCUUUUGAACUUCCUGCUCUCAGCCCAAUGUGGACCCAAGAAACACAUGCAGCAUUUGACCUCACUAAGCAACCAAAAGAUGAUAAGGCCAAGCCGAAAAAAGAAGAGGAAGUGAAACCAGUGAAGGAACCGGACAUAAAACCACAGAAGGACACUGGAUGUCAGAUAUCCUGAAGAAGACUGUAUUGCCUAAACUGGAUGCGGUUACCAUUUGCGAAAUCUGCACUAUGUACAUGCAGCAGAUUGAGAUUAAUGCAAUCCCUGUAGUCAGUGUGAUUUCAAAUCGCUGUGUGAGUUACAGUAUGUCUGCACUAGUACUAUGUAUAAACUGCUUAGCCAUCCAUAAACCUACAGAAGCCAAUAUUUAUAAAAGCUUGCUUAUACUUUAAAUGAAAGCAAAUAGGGGAUCCUGUAUAUGUUUCUUUUCUUCUCUAAAGGGGACUGUCUCCCAGUGAUUUAAUAAUUUUUAUUUACUUUUGGUAACUUCUU